UAUUCUUCUGCUCUUUGUCGUUUAACCUGGAGAGGUCGUUCAGUGAAGGUGUGAUUUGUGGUAGUAAAAUAAUUUUAGAAUGGCUGCGAAAAGAGUGGCUCAAUCCGCCAUAAAUUGGGCAGCUAUUGCCGAACGAGUGCCUGCUGAACAAAGGGCCCAUUAUCUUGCUUUUAAAGCCAAAUCCGAUGGAUACCUUAGAAAAGUCGUAGCUCUGCCUGAGCAGCCACCCAAGAUUGAUUGGGCCAUGUACAAGAACAAGGUCCCUAAUCCAGCCAUGGUUGAUGAGUUCCAGAAGAAGUAUGAUACAUUCAAGAUUCCUCUCCCAGAAGAUAAUGUGUCUUCAAUAAUAGCUGCCGAAGAAAAACAAGCGGCGGCUAAUGUUCAGAAAUUCAAACAAGAAUCCGCUGCCCGUAUUGUCCAACAUGAAGAAGAAUUGAAGAAGUUGUCUGCACAGAUUCCUCUGAAGGAAAUGACUUUAGAAGACUAUGCCUAUGCUUAUCCCAAUGACUGCUUGGACCCUGCCAACAGACCAACUUUCUGGCCCCACACACCUGAAGAGCAGCCCGGAGAAGAUGACAAGAAGGAUGAACAUCACUAGAACUGGGGCGCCAAUAACUAAUGUAGAAACUUGAUAACAAACUCUUCUCUCAUUUGUUUUUCUUUGUUAAAAUAAAUAUAAUCAAUAAAACCAAUAUGAAAUAGUU